AUUGAGCCAUCAAACAAAUUGUUUGUAUUGAAACUCAUGUAUAAUAAACGUUUUUAUUAUUUUUUUGUUUGUAUUUAUGUUUAUUCAUUUAUUUAAAAUAAUGUGCGGAUUGGUGCGAAAAAUCGUGAAACAGAUGAUGCAAUAGGAUAAUGAGGAGAAACUCUUCUCCAUGAGGAAUGCAAAAAUACUUACAUAUCAUCUAUAUAUAUCUUCUAUAUAAAUUUCAACAAAAUCAUCACUUAAAAUAUUCGCCCCUAUUCCCGUUGUCGUUAUCGUUUUAAAACGACUUAAGAACGCCUAUUUGGCAUUCCUGUUGGCGUUAACGACAUUUAUCGAAAAUAAAUUGAGAUUCCCCAAUUUGCAACGACUAUAGAAACGACAUAGAAACAGUCGUUUUUUGUCGUUGCUAUAAUUGUGAGCGUCAUAGAAACGACGCGGUUGUUUGAAGGAAUAUUUGAAGUGAAGAUGAAAAUUCCAAAUCGGAAACAGUUUGAAAUUUUAAUUUCUGAAAUGGAAAAAUAUCCUGCAUAUGCCAAGGACUUUAGAAAAGGGAUAAAUCCUUUAAAUUUCGAUUUCUUGGGUGGGAUAUUUUUUUCUCAAAAAAAAAAAAAACUAAAUCCAUUCCACCGCUUUCUCGCGUCGGAAAUUGUUGGCAUUAAUAAAAUUGCAUUUUUAUAUCUAAGAGUAUAUUUAAGAUAUGAAAGGUCUAAAAAUUCAAAACGAAGAAAAAAAUAGUACUCCAACAAGACGAGGAGUUAAUAAACACCUACCCAUGUCUCCUUUGGCUGAACCACUAUGUAGAGUAGUCGGAUUAGCCAGAAGCAAGGAGCAUGAGACGCUGGAAGUAUAACAUAUUUUAGAAGAAAGUUGGGAGGACGCAGAUGUCACCACUACUUCUUUUAAAAAAUCAAAUAAAGAUGGAAGACUAACAUUGUUGUACGUAAGUACAAUAAUUACAGUGAUAACGUUGUUUAGAGUAAAUAGAGAAUAGCAUAAAAUCCAUUAAGGACUGCUUUAAAAAUUUGUCUCGUUACAUAAGAAAGAAAUUUUUAUAUGGGAAAAGAGCGCCUUAAAGUAUACUAUAUAAAAUAUGUAGACAAAUUUCGAUAAUUAUCUUAGGCGUUACGAUAUACUUCAAGAAUACCAAUUUAGGAACGAAACGACGAUAAGAACGACGACGACUUAGAAACGACUAUUAAAACGAAAACGGGAAUAGGGCCGAUUAGCUAAAACAAUUCCUAAACUAUUGGCAGACUCGAAUGGUUUUUGACUAAAAUAGUUUUAAAUUUUUUUACUAAAUCAAAAAGAAUCCUUCUCUUUAGUGUAAUUGAUUUCGAAUGAUCCUAUUUUCGAUGACCUAUUCAAAUCACCGUUAAAUUUUUGCCUUUCAUCGAGGCGUAAGAAUAUUUUUUGCUAAACCUUGUUUGGCUUGUUAUAAAUUUUUUUUAAAGAAAUUACAUAUAAAUUUUAAAUUUGCUGAAAAAGAAUCUAAGGGGCCAAAUUGUUUAACACAUUCUGGACCAUAUAUGGUUCCAAAAUAAUUAACAAACUCAUUUAAAAGUUAUUGACCUGUGUAUAUCUGCCUCAAUUCUGCAGGAUCUUUCAUUUGAGAGAAGCCUUAUGCCACUAUGUAGCAGUAAAAAGUGGUAAUAUAAGUCACUAUUAACACAAUCUUUUAACAAAAAUAUCCCAUUGUAUAAUAAAAUUGCCUAAACUCAGGAGACUUCCAAUGAUUUAUUUCAUGAUUUAAGCUCCUAGCUAUACGACCGAAUUGCGAAGGAAUAAACUGAGCAAUAUAAUUAAGUUUUUUAUUAAUAAUUUUGGCAUCAGCUUUUUUAAUAAGCUACUCCAGUAAUUUUUUAGUGACUCCUAAAUUAACCAAGUGCAUACAGUCUAAAGCAGUGAUCGGCAGCCCAUUGCCCGCGGAGCGCUCUCUGAGCGCACACUGAGUGUACGUGUGAAACACACGUACUUGCAAUCAUUUUUACAACAUAGACGCGAUGUCAGGUCAGUUGCUUGCUGACUUCACAGCAGAGAUAAAGAGAUGUACAACUCUCAUAUCACUGGAAGUGAGAGCGCAAUUGUAAACGUCAAAACCACCUAAACUUUGACAGUUUGUCGAGAUGAGGAGGUUUUGACGUUUCGCAAUUGGGAAACUGGAAAGGCCAUAUUGAAAUGUUGCAAAAAAAAUAAAUCGAUGGAGACAUUUUUAUCCGCCUUGCAAGAUCACUAAUAAGAACUUAAAACAAUAAAUAUAAAUGAAAACGCGUAAUUUAAAAGUGGUAUAAGAAUAUUUUUCUGAAUUGCAGCAGCGAGAAACUAAUUUUUCAUGGAAAAUUAUAAAAGAAAUUGAUUUAUUUUCAGUUGAUACUUAAUAAUUGACCAUAUUUAUUACUGAAACUUCGAAAACCGGCUAUUUUAAUAUACCAUUUUAUCACUAAAUGAAACUGAAAUAAGUUAUUUUAUAUUAAACAUUCAGUAUAUAAUAAUUUUUAACCAUAAUAAAUGUUGGGUAUUUUAAUUUAAAUGCCCAAAAAUUAGUAUUUUGUCUGAUCUGGCAAUAAUGCAAAAUGUUAUAAAAAACGCAAAUUUUGAGGCGCGCUCACACUGGAAUAAGUUGGACAUCCCUUUAUCCCUGCUUCACAGCGAGCAGGACGUAUGGCCGAUUGUACGCACGCAUGUAUGAACACAAAAGACAAUGCUUUUAUAUAUAUUAAUACAUAUAUUUCUAUUUAGAUUAUUAGUUGUUUAUUAUUUUUGCAAGUCAGUUCAUAAAAACACAACGAUUAAUUUUCAUUCGCAUUUAAAAUGUUUGUAAUAUAAUUAAUAAUUGUGUGUUUAAUUCGAAGUAGUACUACCGAUUUUUUUUUUUUUUUUUGCAAAAAUUUUCAUACACAUUUCUAAGCAGUAUUAACAAUUGAUUGUAUGUGUAAAACUAACGUACAUUAUAAAAACGAUUGUUAGGAACCCAGAAUUGGUUCACAGAAAGUUCGGGACCAGUAGAACAUAACACUUGGUCAGUUGAGUAGCUCUCAACACGCAUACACUCUCACAAAAUAAAUUGUUUGAUUGAAUAAAUUUGCCGACCACUGGUCUAAAGGAAACUGUGAUACCAUACCGAACCCAGCUCCCUCCACUAUGCUCUUCAAGAUAGUGAGGUGAACUAUUUCCUAACGCAAAUGUUAAAUCUAUCCUAGGUGAACCAACUUUAACCCUUUCGACCCCGACGUUGCCUGUGAGCAAUUUCACCAGUUUGAUGAUUUAAAGCAAAAGUUGUGUUAAAUUUUUUAACUUGAUUUAAGUGGUUACUUAUAGGUUAAUGUAUAAAAAUGAAAACCAAAACAGUUAACAACAUUCUUUACCGUUAUUCUUAUAGUUUUUUUGACAUAGUGCAUUAACGUCAUUGAUAAUUUGUGAACGGAAAUUUGCAAACGUUUUUUAGAAUUGAUCCAAUUAUUAUAAUAAUUUUAAGUUGCCCGUGCGUCACGUUGGGCCAUAGUAGUAAUAAAAAAGUAAGGAAAGGCUAAGUUCGAGUGCAACCGAACAUUUCAUACUUUCCCAAUUUAUUGAUGUGAUUUUAUUCAGAUAACACACAAAUUGACCCAUAUAUUCCGCAUAAAGUCCGAUAUAUGGUAUAUGAGGGCUGAGGGCAAUUUUUCCAGUAGCAAAGCAGUAAUUGCGUAAAGUUUUAUUCCACUAUCUUCAUCGGUUUCUUAUGUUUACAUUAUAAAGCGAAGGAAUCAUAUGGAAUUAAAAAUUUAUAUGGGAAAUAGUCGUGGUUGUAAACCGAUUUCUCCCAUUUUUUAUCCGUGUUGUCAGGGUGUCAAGAAAAUAUUAUAAUAUUUACCGAAUUUCAUUGUAUUCUAGUUCCUGUGAUAUGGUUUUUGACCUAUAAGUGGGCGACGCCACGCCCAUUUUCCAUUUUGUUUAAAAAUGUGAAUGCAGCUUCGAUCUGCCAAUUUCUCUGUAAAAUUUAGUGUUUCUGACGUUUUCCAUUAGUGAGUUAACGCACUUUUAGACAUUUUCAACCUAACCUUUGUAUGGAAGGUGGGCGUGGUUAUUAUCCGAUUUCAACUAUUUUCAUUGUAUGUGAUGGGGUACAUAAUGGAAACGACUGCAGAAAGUUUGGUUUCUAUAGCUUUACUGUUUUGCAAGAUAUAUACAAAUAACCGAUUUGGGGGCUGGGCCACGCCCACUUCCUCAAAAAAAUUGCAUCCAAAUAUGCCAAUUCCUUGUGCGAUCCUUUACACUUUUAUAACUUUAUUUAUGGCUUAGUUAUGAAACUUUAUAGGUUUUUGGUUUUCGCCAUUUUGUGGGCGUGGCAAUGGUCCGAUUUCGUCCAUUUUCAAUACCAACCAAGUUGCCAAGGAAUAUAUGUACCAAGUUUCGUUAAGAUAUCUUAAUUCUUACUCAAAUUAUCCGUUGAACGGACAGACAGUCAUCCGGAUUUCACUCGUCUUGUCAUCCUGAUCAUUAUCAUUUUGAUAUAUAUAACCCAAUAUCUAACUCGUUUAGUUUUAUGACUUACAAACAACCGUUAUGUGAACAAAACUGUAAUACUCUCUUAACAAUUUUUGUUGCGGGAGUAUAAAAAUUUUUUGUUUUCAGAUAUGCGUUCAAAAGUGAAAAAUGUAUCUUAAGGGGUUAAUACAGUUAGAAAUUUCAAAAAAUCGAUUUUUUUUUUAUUUCAUUUUCUUAAUGUACAUAUAUUUAAGAAUACACACAGAAAAUUUCAUACCCGGUGAAUAUUUUCAAAGUUACAAGCAAAUGAAAAAUUUUAAAAGGCGUUUCAGAGUGCUUUUAAGUACAAGACCCAAUCUUUAAACGCGUUUUUCUCAAAAUGGUGUUUCAAAGUCGGUGACCAACAUUACUCGAAAACGGCUAGACCGAUUAGUCUCAAAUUUUAACACGACCUUCUUAAAUAUAUUUUUUAGUAAUUAAUCGAAGAUUUUUUCUCUCCGAUAAAUAUUUUUUUUUUAUAAACAAUUUAAGGCCGAAAUUUCGGUGAACAAUCGAUGUUUUUUUUUGAGAAACCGCCAUUUUGUCAAAAAAAUUUAUUUUGCUUAUUCCUUCGAUUAAUUACUAGAUUUAACAUUAUUUUAACGAAAUCUGUUUGGUUUUUUAAUUUCGGAUGAUCCAGCUCCGAGAUAUAGUGGUCACCGCAUAACGUCUUUUUUGAGAGGAGCUCCUGGAGAUCAGCUGUAGCUCUUUUUCAAAUAAAUAUUUUUACUAGUACUAAGUCUUAAAAUACAGUUAAAAGAUACCAUAAUAUGUGUAUACAUUUUUGGAUCAAUAAAUUAAAAAGUUUUCUCAGAAAAAAUUCUGGAAAAUUCACUUUUUUCCGGCCGUCUAACUGUAUAUAACCCCUUAAAGUGAAAUGAACAAAAUUUGGAGUUUGUUUGGAAUGUUUCGAGUGAUUAAAACAGUGGAGAUGUUUCAGCGAUGUUAGGGACAUUGUUGAAAACCCAGAGAGCAUUGAAAUGAAAGAACAGAAAUAACAUAAUAGCAUUAAAAAAAUGUAUCUUAAUUCUCUAUGAUAAUGAUAAUCAAAGGCAUUUGAAAUUACAGACAGUUUUUGGAAACAGGAUUCCAUCUUACAGUUGAAAAUUCUAAAAAGGCGCUGUAUUAGAAUUCUGUUUUAUCUCGGUGUUCUCAAAUUGGUCCUAUUAAAAUGGUUUUUUCCGCUAACCUCAAUCUUACUGUAAUUUCAAACUUUGUGUCAAGGUUUCGUUUAGAAUUGAAAAAAAAAAUGUGAAAUCAAUCACAAUAAUAAUAAUAUCUAUGUGUGCGUUGUUUAUCGUCUUGUAUGGGAGAUGAACCAAUUGGAAAUUGCAGACGUUGGAGCGCACAGGAAAAAAAAUAUUUGGAGAUCCCUAGGCCUGUUGUUGUCGCAUCCUAUAAUAAACACAUGCGAGGAGGAGAUCUUUCGAGCAUUCUGAUGGAAUCGUAUAAAGUAAACUUUUGCUCGAAAAAGUGGUAUGUGAGACAAUUUUACCGUUGUUUAGUCACAUUUGUUUUAACUCCUGGCUACUUUAUUACAAUCAUUAGAGUUGUAAACUUCAAUUUGAUGUCGGGAAUUCCCUGAUGACUUCUAGUGCUAGAUUCCUCCAUUCCAUUAAUAGAAUCUCCAUGAUUGAACCUAAUAACUCAAUAAGCAGUCCGCAAGUUUAUUCCUACACAUGGUAAUGCGAAACGGUACUAUCAAAAUGGGUUCUGGGUUGUAUGUGGUCAAAAAUGACGUUGUAGACUAUACCCAACUGAGACUCCACUGACUAAAUACUCAAAUGUGGUGUUCCACUUUGCUGCAAAAACAACAAAAAUUAUUUUUGCUGCAAGUGGCAAACCUUUAACUCCUAUCUUACCCAAUGUUUUUUAUAAGUCCUCUAGAGUUUGAGAUGAAGCAGAAGUCUCAAAUUCUUCCCUCUUUGGUGUACAAGCCCUAAGCCUAAAUGAAUCACAACCUGGAGAUUCUAAUAUCUAAUUCUUUUGGAACACAGUCACUUUUUAUAUUUUAAACAUAUUUUAUUUGCUCCUUCACUGUUUCACUUUUUUAGCACAUUCAAUAAUUUUUUUAAAUCAUGUUAUUUUAGAUUCAAAAAUCCGUUUUUCUUUUGUUAGUAAGUUCUGAAAAGUCCUUCUUUUAAUCUUAUCUUGGUCGACAAAAAUUCCUCUUGGCUAUAUCCUCCGCGCGGGUGUCGACUGGGCAAUGGGUGGCGCUGCCUGCACUGCUGGGGUCUCAAGCGGUCUAUGACAAGCUAAGUCACGGCAGUGCAGGCAGGCGCCAUCUAGCUAAGGCUGAUGUACUCCACAUCUAUCAUCAUAUGUUGGAAUGCUCUAUAUGAAUCCUCAUAGGGCGGUGGAGGCGUGAGUACAUCAGCCAUUGCCAGUGAGGUACCUGGCGGUAGGUAUAAAACGCUAGGGGUAGAGACCCCCGAAUACAAAAACUCAAAAUGGAGGACAAAAAGGAAGAACUGCGGGCUGGGAUAUCAGCCCAAACGUCGGUGGGAGACGAGGCUGCUACCACCGGCGGGCACAGCGACUUUUCAAGCUGUGUCGCCAGCGGCCACACCUCCACUGCAACGGGAGCAGGUUGCGGUGGUUGUAAUGCUACUGCCAGACCAGCUCUGCAGCGUGCGGUUUCCGCAAUCCAUGAAGAUUCGGACCCAGAAAGCGCUGUGAGCAUAAAUACAGACAAAGAAGAAGAGCUUCUUCGCUCUCCGCAGGAUUCGACCGAGGGUUCCAACUUUGGCAACAAGAGAGGGCCCCGGAAGAAGCCCAGCAAGGAGGGGUUGAAAGCCAAAUCGAGAUACAAGGCGGCGGUCGGCAUUUGUAACCGACUCGAAGGCAAGUCCAACCUGAGUGAAGAGGAGAUGAAACGGUUGGCUUGGGCCAGAGAGGAGGUGAAAAGCGGCAGCGCGCACUUUGCCUCACGUAGUUGGUGCAGUGCCUCGAACUCAGCAUUUGCUAACCGUAUCGAGGAGCAUAUUGCUGAGAAGAGGCAACGGUCGACAGAGAGCGAACCGAAAGCGCCAACGAAGAAAAGAAAGACAAAAGACGAGGCUGAGAAGCCAAAAGUUAAGCGAGCGGACGACAAGCCGACAACGUCCAGAGCAGCGGCGGCAGCUAAUGAAGUGGCAAAGCGACACUUGAUCGUGGCUCUCAUUGACCGCAGUAACCCGCUGGGACAGAUGUCGCAGGAGCGGUGGAAAGUAGUCGAAAUGAAGCUACUAGAAGCGCUCUUCUCGAGGAUGGACGCCGAUCCCAGCGCACCAAUGCCAACGUUUCAUGGAGCAGGGUGGCUUGGUGGCGUCAAAAUCCUUAAAUGCAAGGACGAUCCGUCGCUGACAUGGGUGAAGGAAGCAGUGAGAACGCUUCCAAACCUGUGGAAGGACGCGAAACUCGAGGUUGUGGAUCGGAGCAGCAUUCCGUCGGUUCCCAAAGCGAAGGUGGUGAUACCUCGCGUGGUAGACCCGGAACAUGCACUUCGACUGCUACAACGACAAAACCCGGACGUGCCGACCAGUGAUUGGAGAGUACUGAGCGUAGCUAAAACUGCAAACGCAGAUGGAGGCCAGAGCUACAUACUCCAAAUCAAUAAGGCGGCUGACGACAUUUUAUAUGCCAGAUUCGGGAAGAUGGCGUGGGGAGUUGGAAGCGUAUUCCUUCGCCUCAAAAAGCGCCACCCCGCGGAUGGCAAUGUAAACACACUGGAGACGGGUGAAGUCGAAAAAGAUCUCGGAAUUGAAGAGAUAAUGGCGACUUCAUUAGUCUUGCAGGAGGUGGAGGGGUCACCUGAUCAGUACUCUAAGGUUAAUGAACCAGGAGCUGACGGUACUUCAGGUGAACCUCCACAAAAGUAAGAUCGCAUCUGCCGAACUCCUUCUCAAUCUAGAGAAGGGCGGCUACGACGUGGCUUUAGUCCAGGAACCAUGGAUAGCAUCGGGUAACGUGGUCGCUGGACUAAAGUCACCUAACUACACAACAUAUACCCCGAGCGUCACUAACAAGAUGAUCUGACGGUGGUGGCGGUAAAGGAUUGCAGGGAUGAGCUCAUACUCCUUGCAUCCUGUUACCUGCCACAUGACGGCGAGGCACCGACUGCAGAACUCCAGAGGCUGGUGGCUACAUCCAGCAGAAGGAAACAGUCGCUGGUAGUUGGGGCUGACGCUAACGCGCACCACACGAUUUGGGGAAGCCGAGACAUCAAUGCAAUAGCCACGGAAAUCCCUAUGUGCGUCUUGCUCGCUUGGAAAGCCCCAAGUCACUCUGAGGUUAGCAGAGCCAUUUGAAGUCGUUUAUUUGCUUCAUCAUUUCCAUGGCCAUCAUCACAGGAAGUGGUCAUUGGUAUGUUCACCACCUCGUUACUAAUAUUUGGUUCAAUAGUCACCUCGUUCAUCUACCAGUUACCUUUUAUUUUGUUUAGAUUUAUGUUUUUUGUUUUAAUUUUUUUAUUUUUAUUUAUUUAAUUGUAUGAGGCAUUUACAUUUAUAAAUUACUAUGGUAUUUUACAUUAUCUAUACUAAUAUUAUAAAGAGGAAAUGUUUGUUUUUUUGUUUGUUUGUGUCGAAUAGGCUCCGAAACUACUGAACCGAUUUGAAAAAUUCUUUCACCGUUGGAAAGCUAUACUAUCCCUGAGUGACAUAGGCUAUAUUUAGUUUAAAAAAAAAAAAUAGGGUUCCUUACCAAAACUCCGAUAAUGUAAAAAAAUACCAAAAAAGUUUCUUUAAUCGCGAAUGCUGCGAAAACGAUUGAAGAUAUAACAAAGUGAUGUACUACAAUUUUGUAGAACUUAUCAUUAUAUCUCUAACUAUUUUAGUUUUGUCACAAUAAGCGAUUUUAUAUAAAAAAAUUAAUUAAAAUACCACUACUUGAAAAGGCUCUUUAUUUAUACCUUAGUAUUAAUCCUUAUCGAAAUAAAUGAUUUAUUAUUUAAGAUCGCUUCAAAACCUUUAUAUAACUUUUUGAAUUAUUAGAUUCUGACAUACCAUUCAAAAGAUAUCACGAGUUAAAAAUUUUGAUAUUUUUGAAUGGUCCUGUGCGGAAUUAAAAAUAAUUGUAGCUUGAUAAUAAUAUGAUAUAAAAAUGCAUUGCUGUUCGUUUGUGCCGCAAAAAAACGAGAACGGCCAAACCGAUCUGGCUAAUUUUAGUCUUGAAAUAUUCGUGGAAGGCCAGAAAAAGAUUAGAAAGUGAGUAAAUAUGAAAAAAUUUCGAGGAAGAUAAUAAUAAGAGAAUUUUAUUCGAGUUGACAAGAAAAAUAUAAAAGAGAAAACAAAAAAUUAUAAUUUGAAGGUUGUCAUUGUUGCUUUGUUAAAAUAUUUUUGUUAUUGUUCAAUUGUAUAAGGUUGUGUCGAUAGCCCAAAACAAUUUGUAACAAAUAAGGAAAGGCUAAGUUCGGGUCCAACCGAACAUUUUAUACUCUCGCAAUUUAUUGAUGUAAUUUUAUUAAGAUAACACACAAUUUUACCUAUAUAUUCGACAUAAAGUAUAAUAGAAAAUCAUCAUAUAUAGUAUAUGAGGGCUGAUGUAAUUCCAGAACCAAUUUCACUCAUUUUCACCACCAAGGUUAACGGGAAUAGGGGCGACUUGGCACCUGUUAGUAGGCAAACAUACGGCACAUUCGGCCUUGAAAUUACUCCUAAAUUUGUGGCGACACAUAAAGUAUCGCCAAUUAACAACUAACAUAUGAGUGUUUUUGCAACAAUACCAAAUUGCGAUUGUAGAAGCAGUUGGCAGUUGACACCUCGAUGGAUUAAUAGCAUUUCCAACAGAUUUCUUUCACUUCAUUGACUCGAAAGAGAAGUUUUCCUGACAUGAAACCUCAAUAUGAUAACCAUAAAUGACUGAUUGAAUGACCUAUAUUGGUGGUAAAAAAAAUAUCGAUGAUCUUAACGCGACAAUUUAGAAUUUCGGUCCAAGAGAGAGAGAGACGUAGUCAAUUAUCCCAAACUAUUUAAAAUUGCCUGUACUUUGCAAUUAAAAGUAGUGUGAGUUGUAAUAAUGCUGCGUAACAUAAAUAUACCUCGAGUAAUCCAUAUCGUCGCCGAAGCCAAGAUUUGACCAACUUAAUUUAAUGUAUACCUUAGCCACAAAAACGUGUGGCCGGGUCUGCUAGUUAAUAAAUAUUAUAGAUUAAUUUUUAAAUAUUAGCAUUUCAGUAUGAAGUAAACUUUAAUUUUAACAAACAAUUUUGUGGCUAUCAUUUAUACAUUGACAAAAUUUACAUAUUUUACAUAUUAAGUUACUAAUAGCUGCCAUCGAUUGGUCACUUCUCUGCUCGCUAUAUUUGGGCGCUGCUCGCCUGUCAAAAAUUUUACAUUUGAAAGCAACAACAAAGUUAUCUAGUUGAAUUCGUGCAGGAGAGUAUGCGAAUUAAUGCUCUUGGUAUGCGACUAAUCGAUUAACUAAAUUAACCGAAUAGGGCAUUAUUCGAAUAAUAAUAUUCGGUUUGCACUAUUCGUCGUCAGUCUCGAUUAUUCGAUUAACCGCUCAUUUCCGACUAUUCAGUUAACCGUUCGUUGUCGACUAUUCGAAUAGUGUAAGUUCAUUCAAUUUCCAUUUUUAUUGAAAAAAGUGAAAUACAGGAAAAAUGAGCACAACUGACAUUUUCACAAGUAAAAACAAACAAAAAUCAAAGGUUGUUUGGAUUUCAAACAAUUUUCAUUUAUUCGAAUAGUGACAGUCUAACUAUUCGAAUAACCGCAGUAGAACGACUAUUCGAAUAGUCGUAACAUUGCGACUAAUCGAAUAGUACUAACCGGUUAAUAUUCGUACGAACGGUUACAAACCGGAUAUUCGAAUAAUCGGUUUUCAGGUUAAUCGAAUAAUUUUAAGAGCCCUAAUGCGAAUACCUCAUUAAAAAUUCUAUCGCCGCUUGCUGAGUGCUACCAAGUUUUGUUUUACACAUUUUAGAACCAUUUUACUAUUCUGAACGGCUCAAAGGACAAAUUACUGUCAAAAUAAUAAAAACUGUUAUACACAAAUGAGGCGAAGAUAAAUCGUAAUUAUUUUUGUAUUGAAUUUAUUGAAUAAAAAACUUUAAUAAAAAUUAAAUUUGUUGCAGAAAAUUCGAUUUCAGUGCUGCCAGUUCGUAUGAAAAUUUGGAAAGUUUGUUCGAUUGGCUUGUCUAUAGCAGUUUGCCAAUCGAUGACAGCUAAUGAUUAUUAAAUUUUUGAAGUUAUACUUCUUAUACGAGUUCGGAAAAGUUGCGAUAAUUGUUGCGCAACAGCAACAUUAUGCAUAAACAUACAUAUGUACAUGUUUAUAUGUCAUUGAACAAACACACAAACUUACAUUUGUAUAUGCGUGCACGUAAGUUUGUCAACCACCAAAAAUCAAAAGCAAUGUUCUACAAAAACAACAAGCGCCAAAAAUUUAUGUCGAUAUGUUUGCAUGCUCAUACAUAUUUACGACAAGCCGAUUUUCUACCAACAACGCAAUGUAGCGUCGCGCAGGCGGCCAUCAAUUUUUCGACACAUCGAGCUUUAUAGAGUCGUUUUAAGUGAUCCCUCCGUAAUUAUAAAUGCUCAAAAUAUGUAUUGGAUAGUAUUGACUUACUAUUAGCAAAUAUAAAUAAUUAAAUAUAUUUAAAUAUUCUACUAAUAUAUGAUGCCAAAUAUUAAUGAACUACAAUUGAUUUUAGUAAGAAUCAAGACAUAAAACAAUCCAUAAUAAUAUGAGUUGAUUAUAAGUCUGUGGCAAAAAAAAAUUACUAUUUGCGGUCAUUCGUUGUCCGUGGCUACGAAGAUUUUACAAGAAAUGUACUACAAGUGCACAUAUUUACACACAUAUGCAUGUAAACAAAUUUGCGAACAUUAUGCGUAUGGUUCUUUUGAUUUUUUUCUUUUUUCUUUCGUUUCUGUUUCAUUUCUGCGAAUUCUCAACUAGUUUAUGUGACUUUUGGUUGAAAUUCUCUGCAUUUGCCGUUGAAAAGUUAAGACUAUGCUUCACAGGAUCAUUUCUUGUAGUCAGUCUUCAUGUACUUUCUUUGCAAAUCGAAAGUAUUACUUUUCGUUGGUGACAUAUUCACAUGGGUAUGUAUUACAUAUUCACAUGUCAUGUGUUUGUAUUUAAUUUCAAUAAAAUAAAAUUUUUCAAAUUUCUUAAGGUUGUGGGCUCGAGCCUCACCCGGGGCAGUAAAUUUUUUAUUUCAAUAAAAUUAAAUUUUUUUGAAGUUAUACGACUUCGGAAAAAUGUGUACGCAUAUGUAUGAUUGAAAUAUGAACAUAUUCGCAUGUGUAUGUAUAAACAUACUCACAUGUGUAUGUAGAAGCUGAACCAAACUGGCUGACCUCAGAGAGAAAUUUUCAUUAGAAAUGAUCAAUGGAAGAAAUGAUCCAACGUCGAUCCUACGGAGAUACGACUAUUGAUACGGUAUUCGCGAGAAAUAUAGAUAAAAUAGAUGUAAGACAUUUCAUAUCGUAUUUUAGUUAUCAUAAUCCAAUUGUAAAUAUUAUAGAUAUCAAUCCGUCAAAGCUCACCGUAUUUUGAGUUCAACAUGUUCGAUAUCUGGGGCCUUGAAAAAUUAUGGUCCGUUUUCGACAAUUUUUUCACAAGUGAAGCCAGAGAUGAUAUGCACUAUUUGUGUAAAGUUUUAUUCCGCUAUCUUCAUUGGUUCCUUAUGUAUACUUGAUAAAGUGAAGGAAUCAGAUGGAAUUCAAAAUUGAGUUAUAAGGAAAGUAGUCGUGGUUGUGAACCGCUUUUGCCCAUUUUUUGUCCGUGUUAUCAUGGUGUCAAGAAAAUAUUAUAUACCGAAUUUCAUUCGAAUCGGUAGAGUAGUUCCUGAGAUAUGGUUUUUGACCCAUAAGUGGACGAUACCACGCCCAUUUUCCAUUUCGUAAAAAAAUCUGAGUACAGCUCCCUUCUGCUAUUUCUUCUGAAAAAUUUAGUGUUUCUGACGUUUUUCGUUAGUUAGUUAACCCACUUUUAGUAAUUUUCAACCUAAACUUUGUAUGAGAAGUGGGCGUGGUUAUUAUCCGAUUUCAACUAUUUUCAUGGUGUGUGGUGGGGUACGUAAAAGAACCGACUUCAGAAAGUUUGGUUUAUAUAGUUUUAUUGGUUUGCGAAAUAUAUACAAAUAGCAGAUUUGGAGGCGGGGCCACGCCCACUUCACCAAAAAAAUUACAUCCAAAUAUGCCCCCUCCUAGUGCGAUCCUUUAUUCCAAAUUUUAUAUCUUCAUUUAUAGCUUAGUUAUGACACUUUAUGUGUUUUUGGUUUUCGCCAUUUUGUGGGCGUGGCAAUAGUCCGAUUCCGCCCAUUUUCCAACUUAACCUUCUUUUGGUGCCAAGUUUCGUCAAGAUAUCUUAAUUUUUACUCAAAAUACAGCUUGCACAGACGGACAGACGGACAGACGGACGGACGGACAGACAUCCGUAUUUCAAAUCUACUCGUCACCCUGAUCACUUUGGUAUAUAUGACUAUAUAUCUAACUCUUUUAGUUUUAGGUGUUACAAACAACCGUUAUGUGAACAAAACUAUAAUACUCUCUUUAGCAACUUUUGUUGCGAGAGUAUAAAAAGAUAAAAGUAACCUUUAUAUGAAAGAAUAUUCUAACAAAAGAUUUUAUGUUAUAGUAUAUACAUAUGUACAUAUGUAAAGUUGGAUAUUAUUAAUUCACCCAUCUGCCUCCAGUGGCAUAAUCCUUGUUCUGUUUUGGUUUUGCACGUUUGAGUUUGCAUGUACGCACCAGACGUGCGUUGCAGCUCGAUUUGCCUUCCAAGAACCAUUUUCUGCAAUUUUAUUCAUUUAAAAUACUCUGCAGCACUCAGUCCAACAUAGUAUCGAUCUGUAAAAAGAAAAUGUACUAUAAAUAUAAAAUAAUAUCAGUAACAAAUUAUUAAUACGCACUUACAUCCACUCACCUCAAAUUUUCUUUUCAAAUGAGUGGCGGCGAUGUUUGAACGGUUCAUUGCACGUACGUGCAUCUUUUUCUUAUUCUUCUUGAUUGGCGUAGACACCGCUUACGCGGUUAUAGCCGAGUCCACAACAGCGCGCCACGCAUCUCUCCUUCUGGCAGUUUGGCGCCAAUUGGUAAUACCAAGUGAAGAUAGGUCCUUCUCCACCUGGUCCUUCCAUCGGAGUGGAGGCCUCCCUCUUCCUCGGCUUCCACCAGCGGGUACUGCACUUUCGUCCAUUCGAACAAAAUGACCUAGCCAGCGUAGCCGCUGUCUUUUUAUUCGUUGGACUACGUCUAUGUCGUCGAAUAACACAUACAGCUCAUCAUUCCAUCGUCUGCGGUAUUCGCCGUUCCAAUGUCUAAGGGACCAUAAAUCUUCCGAAAAACCUUUCUCUUAAAAACUCCUAGUGCCGUCUCAUCGUAUGUUGAUACCGUCCACGAUUCUGCACCAUAAAGUAGGACGGGACACCAUAAAGUAGGAGGGACUUGUAGAGUUUAGUUUUUGUUCGUCGAGAGAGGACUUUACUUUUCAAUUGCCUAUUCAGUCCAUAGUAGCACCUGUUGGCAAGAGUGAUUCUGCGUUGGAUUUUAAGUCUGACAUUAUUAUCGGUGUUGAUGCUGGUACCUAGGUAUUCGAAAUUAUCUACAACUUCAAAGUUAUGACUGUCAACAGUGACGUGGAAGCCAAGACGCGAAUGCACUGACUGUUUGUUUGAUGACAGGAGAUACUUCGUCUUGUCCUUGUUCACCACCAGACGGCGCGGGUGUUGUUUCCAAUGAUAUCGAUAUCAUCGGCGUACGCCAGUAGCUGUACACUCUUAUAAAAAAUUGUAUCUUCUCUGUUUAGCUCUGCGGCUCGAACUAUUUUUUCCAGCAUCAGGUUAAAGAAGUCACACGAUUGCGAGUCACCUUGUCUGAAACCUCGUAUGGUAUCGAACGGCUCGGAGAUGUCCUUCCCGAUCCUAACGGAGCUUUUGUUGUUGCUCAACGUCAGCUUGCACAGCCGUAUUAGUUUUGCGGGGAUAUCAAAUUCAGACAUCGCGGCAUAAAGGCAGCUCCUAUUCGUGCUGUCGAAAGCAGCUUUAAAGUCGACAAACAGAUGGUGUGUGUUGAUCCUCUUUUCACGGGUCUUCUCCAAGAUUUGGCGCAUGGUGAAUAUCUGUCAGUUGUUGAUUAUCCUGGUCUAAAGCCACACUGAUAAGGUCCAAUCAGUUUGUUGACGGUGGGCUUUAGUCUUUCACACAGUACGCUCGAUAGAACCUUAUAAGCGAUGUUAAGGAGGCUUAUCCCACGGUAGUUGGCGCAGAUUGUGGGGUCUCCCUUUUUGUGGAUUGGGCAGAGUACACUGAGAUUCCAAACGUCGGGCAUGCUUUCUUCCGACUAUAUUCCGCAAAGAAGCUGAUGCAUGCACCUUAUCAGCUCUUCGCCGCCAUAUUUGAAUAGCUCGGUCGGCAGUCCAGCGGCCCCAGCCGCCUUGUUGCUCCUGGUGUUGUACUUUCACUGCCAUUCAGCAGGCUGGAGAAGUGUUCCCUCCACAAACACAGUAUACUCUGGUCAUCAACCACUAGAUCACCUUUGGGGGUCCUACAGGAGUGUGCUCCGGUCUUGAAACCUUCAAUUAGUCGCCGGAUCUUUUCGUAAAAUUUUCGAGCAUUACCCCAGUCGGCCAGCUUGUCAAGCUCUUCAUACUCACGUAUUUUGGCCUCUUUCUUUUUUUGUCUGCAAAUGCGUCUCGCUUCCCUCUUCAGCUCUCGGUAUCUUUCCCAUCCCGCUCGUGUUGCGGUCGAUCACAACAUUGCGAGGUAGGCAGUCUGUUUUCUCUCCACUGCGAGACGACAAUCUUCAUCAUACCAGCUGCUUUUUUUGCUUUUCCGAAAGCCAAUGGUUUCGAGUCGAUGUUGGGACUACGAAGCGUACGCACAUCAAAAACACUGGAGACAUGUCGUCCAUCUAUUACAACAUGAUCGAUCUGGUUGCGAGUGAUUCGAUCCGAGGUAAGCCAAGUAGCUUGAUGGAUUUUCUUAUACUGGAAUCUAGUACUACAGACGACCAUAUUUCGGGCCCCGACGAUGUCGAUCAGCCUCAGACCGUUUGGUGCUGUUUCGUCAUUCAGACUGAAUUUUCCGACUGUUGUGCCAAAGAUACCUUCUUUACCCACCCUAGCGUUGAAAUCGCCAAGCACGAUUUUGACAUCGUGGCGGGGGGAGCGCUCAUAGGUACGUUCUAGGCGCUCAUAGAAGGUAUCUUUGAUCACUUCGUCCUUCUCUUCCGUCGAGGCGUGGGCGCAAAUCAGCGAUAUGUUGAAGAACCUCGCUUUGAAGGGGAUUGUGGCUAGACGUUCAUCCACCGGAGUGAAUGCCAGGGCUCGACGACGGAGUCUUUCUCCCACCACGAAUCCCACACCGAAUUUGCGCUCCUCUAUAAGGCCGCUGUAGUAGAUAUCACAAGGACCCACCUUCUUAUGUCCUUAUAACAUCAAAAUUGUGACUUUCAUUUAUUUAUUA